GGCCACUAGUUUGUCAAUCUAUGAGUUAUCCAAAAAAAAGUAAAACUACAUAAUGGGUAUGAUCAAAUUUGUUGUACGUGAUGACUAGCUUUCGGGAAAUGCGAUUCGAUGAUUUGUUCAAAAUUAAUUCCUUGGUUUUCGAUGCUCUCACCGAGGUCUACAGCCUGACCUUCUUUGUGAAGCACCUCUCGCAGUUUCCAGGACUUUCCCAGGUGGCCGAAGCUCCAGGUCCUGAUGGCAGACCCAUGGGCUAUAUAUUCGGCCAGUAUCAGCUCAAGAAAACCCAAGAACCCUAUGGUCAUGUGGCAGCACUGACUGUGUCAUCCGAGUAUCGACGUCUUGGACUGGCCACAGCUCUCAUGGAUUAUUUCUUUAUGGUCUCAGACCUCAAAGGAGCUUCCUACGUAAACCUCUUUAUGCGAAUCAGCAAUCAGGCUGCCUAUCAAUUGUAUACCUCCAUGGGCUACGCUCAUCGGCAAACAUUCGCGGACUAUUAUCCGGAUGACCCGCAGCCGGAAAGUGCCUACGAAUUGAGAAAAUUACAUAGCUAAUUAAAGAACGUCCAUUGAGGUGAAUUUUUUGAAAGGAAGAUCAAUUUCCGUUGACGCACAAAGGCGAACUAUAGGUCGAAAUAGAUAAAAAUGUUGUUGGGUGGACAUCAGUCAUAAAGUACAUAGAAGUACUCUUUGGGUCAUCACUCAUACGCCAUGUUACGUUGCUACU